AUGGAGUUGGACAAGCUUAAGCAAUUACAGGAAAUGGGGUUUUCCCAAGAACAAGCAGAGACGGCAUUGCGACAAUCGCAGAACGAUUUGGAGCAAGCGAUAGGUUACUUGUUUAAUGAUACGGAGCAACAGAUUCUGUAUAAUAAUGAUAAUAAUACCACGGAAUUUAUUGAGGAUACAGUACAGAUUUCAAAUCCCCAAGAUAUUCCUCUGUUUGCUCCAUUAUCUGGGUUUACUUACGACUCAAUUGAAUAUACAGGCUGGCGUGAAGAUUCGGAGCAAAGUGAAAGUGGACAAGAUUCUUUGUUUGAACAUCCUGAGGUAUUUCUAAGAGGCGAAAACUUACCCCCAGCAGUUGUACCGACACGAAUGUCAACCACGGAAGGAUUUAUCGUUGCAUUCUACAUUGUACUAAGUCAGGUGAAAGCAUUGAGAGAUGUUAUUUUCAGUAAGGAAUUGGAUCAAGAGUUUUCAAAUCGAUGGUUCGAUGAACCUCAAAAGGUAUCUCAAACCAAUGAGCUGCGAGAAUAUUUGUUUAUACGUGUGUUACAGUUGAUGAUGGCAUUCUUGAGCCCUAAUAUUAGCAAACGAGCAUUCAUCAGUGCAGAUAUUAUAUACGGCACUCUUUCCGACACUUUGGUUGACCUGGAUCUUGACGAUUGGGAUGAUGCUUUGAAGCAUGUUACGGCACAUCUAGAAAAUGCAGUGAAAUUGGUGUUGGCAAAAGAUGUGAGUUCCUUGAUGUUAUCUCGAAUCAGGUCUGAAGAUGGACAAAUAAAUGAACUAAAUAUAAUCAACGUGGACCACGAAAAUAGAGGUGAUAGUGUCCGUGAUACAUUCAACAACUUAUUCUGGAGGGAAACGCCGUACUUGUUUGAGACCAUAGCGCCAGUUUUAGCAAUUCAACUCAAUGCAGAGGAAAAUGGAAAUGAUUCAAGACCAUUAACAGUAGAUGAGUUUUUUUACCCAAGUCUUUUUUCCACUGAGUACCAAUCGAUAAUUGAUAUGAUGAAAGCAAAUAAACUAAGAAUAGCCAAGGAAAGGUCAGCAGCUACCACUAGAAUAAUGUCUUCAACUUCAUUCGAGGGCAAGAAGAUUAAAAGCCUCUUGGAAAGCACCCAAAAACAUUUGGAGAAGACAAAUGAAAUUGAAAGUUUUGAAGAUAUUUCCAACUUAUCAGCAAGUAUCAAGUCGGAAUUGGUACAUUUGAACGAGACUUUGAAGAAUCUUAAUCUUGAUUACGCAAGAUUUGACUCUUUGAACCAUGACAAUGUUUUGCAACAAAUUGAAAACACAAACGAUUUGACAACUCAAACUCCGGAAAAGUACUUUCUUACUGGUAUCGUGUUUUCCGAUACAGAAUAUUUAUACAAAGUAUUUCUGUUGAACCAACCUGAACAAUGGGCCUUGUUUAGAGCUGUAUCUCGAACCGACGGCCGUAUCGUUGAUUUCCUGAGUAAAUUUUUAACCUUUGAAGAGGUACAGCUGUAUGUACAAAAGCAAUCAACAUACCCGAAUAAGCUGAUGCUUUUGGUAUAUUGCAACGAGAAAUCUGUUUGUGGUGAGGCAACUCCUUUACCAGACAGUUUGCAAAAGUUUUUCGAAAAGGAUGGCGAGAGUUUACUAAAAGAAGCUGCAGAACAAAAACACAAAUAUGUCGAUGAUACUGACGAACCAGCCAGUAUUAAUAAAGAGCUGCCCGGUGCAGAAAACUGA